GCCGAAACCACCGCCUCUCUCACCCGCGCGCGGCGUUUUUCGAUUCUGAUUUUUCUACUACUGUUGCACACACACGCACGCAUACAUACGGACAGAUGUAUGUAGAUGUAUACGUGAGAGUGCCUGCCAGCCACCACCAACACCAGUGCAAUCAAGUAAUUUUCGUUAUACUGGCGUCAUAAGAACAUACUUAAGAGAAUAUACAUGUGUAUGUGGUGUCCUCACACCCCCAAAAAAAGGAGUAUAUGUAUAAAUAUAUUGUUUAAGUCCGCUCCUGGAGAGCCCCGCAAUAUUUAGGCCAACAAGAGGAACUACCUACCUAAAUGAACGGUGAACGAUAGACUUUGGAAUAUUGUCCGUGGCAGCAACUGAAGAAGAUCAUCAACAAACAACAAGAACAACAUCAACCACAUGCCACGCUCAGUGAAAGCAGUCGACAGCAGCAACAACAAUAUGUAGGCGGCACACAGCAGCAGCAGGUGCAACAACAACAACAACAACAACAGAAUUCAAUUCAAGAAAGAUUCAAGAACCAGUAGCACCGUCCCAUCCACAACUAUAAGAACACACUGUUUAAUACAAAAUAUACCACACGGAGGAGGAGCAAAGAGAAGGAUUUUCAACAUCGGAGUCCCGGACAAGCAUGCAGCACGUGAGCGCUGCCAGCUCGGUGCCAUCAGUUGUAGCCCCGGUCGUGACCACUGGUGGAACCACCAUCACCCUCGGCGGACCGCCGCCCUUGCCUAAAUCUGAGAACAAAGAGGAUGGCAAACCGCCGCACGGCAUAGAAAUGUACAAGGUUAACAUUGAGGAUAUCUCCCAGCUGUUUACAUACCACGAGGUCUUUGGAAAGAUCCACGGCGAUGUGGUCAAUCAUCAGCUGGCGGCGGCGCAUGGCGGGCAACUGCCGCCGCCACCACCCCUGCCACCGCAGACGCAUGCCGUGAGUGCAGCGGCAGCAGCGGCUGCAGCAUCCACCAAUAAUGCCGCUGUGGCGGCUGUAAUGGCAUCAGCGAAUGCUGCUGCAGCAGCAGCGGCGGCCGCUUCGGCGGCGGGAGGCAACGGCCUGCCGGUGGCGACGAGCUCCGGCGGCCAGCAGGGCAGCGCUACGGUGACCACGACCAGUUCGACGGCGAGCAGUGGCAGCGGCAACAGCGGUAGCGGGGGCACCACAACCACGGCGGGUGAGUUGCUUAUGCCUAAAAUGGAGGGCGGCAUUCAUGGCGUGGACGGGCAGUCGACCGUGGCGCUGGCCCCAGACGGGACGCCCAUUGCGACGGGGACCCAUGUGUGCGACAUUUGUGGCAAGAUGUUCCAGUUUCGGUAUCAGCUGAUCGUGCACCGUCGCUACCACAGCGAACGCAAGCCGUUCAUGUGUCAGGUGUGCGGACAGGGUUUCACCACGUCGCAGGACCUGACACGCCAUGGGAAGAUCCACAUCGGUGGCCCCAUGUUCACCUGCAUCGUGUGCUUCAAUGUGUUUGCCAACAACACCAGUCUGGAGCGGCAUAUGAAACGUCAUUCCACGGACAAGCCAUUCGCCUGCACCAUUUGCCAAAAGACCUUUGCCCGCAAAGAGCAUCUGGACAAUCACUUUCGCUCGCACACGGGCGAAACGCCCUUCCGUUGCCAGUACUGCGCCAAGACGUUCACGCGCAAGGAGCAUAUGGUUAACCAUGUGCGCAAACACACGGGUGAGACGCCACAUCGUUGCGAUAUUUGUAAGAAGUCCUUUACGCGCAAGGAACACUAUGUUAACCACUACAUGUGGCACACUGGUCAAACACCGCAUCAGUGCGAUGUAUGCGGAAAGAAAUACACGCGCAAGGAGCAUCUAGCAAAUCAUAUGCGAUCGCACACCAACGAGACGCCGUUCCGUUGCGAGAUCUGUGGCAAGAGCUUUAGCCGCAAGGAGCACUUCACCAAUCACAUACUCUGGCAUACAGCAGGCGAGACGCCGCAUCGGUGCGACUUCUGCUCCAAGACGUUUACGCGCAAGGAGCAUUUGUUAAAUCACGUGCGCCAGCACACGGGAGAGUCGCCUCAUCGCUGCUCCUACUGCAUGAAGACGUUCACGCGCAAGGAGCAUCUGGUCAAUCACAUACGCCAGCACACGGGUGAGACACCGUUCAAGUGCACGUACUGCACGAAAGCGUUCACGCGCAAAGAUCACAUGGUUAAUCAUGUACGGCAACAUACAGGCGAAUCGCCGCACAAGUGCACAUACUGCACCAAGACGUUCACGCGCAAGGAGCACCUAACGAACCAUGUGCGUCAGCACACGGGCGACUCGCCGCACCGUUGCUCCUACUGCAAGAAGACAUUCACACGGAAGGAGCACCUGACGAAUCAUGUGCGCCUGCAUACGGGCGACUCGCCGCACAAGUGCGAGUACUGCCAGAAGACGUUCACACGGAAGGAGCACCUCAACAACCAUAUGCGCCAGCACUCAAGCGACAAUCCGCAUUGCUGCAACGUUUGCAACAAGCCGUUCACCCGCAAGGAGCAUCUGAUCAAUCACAUGUCACGCUGUCACACCGGCGAUCGACCCUUCACCUGCGAGACAUGCGGCAAGUCCUUCCCCCUCAAGGGCAACCUGCUCUUCCAUCAGCGCAGCCACACCAAGGGCCAGGAGAUGGAGCGUCCGUUCUCCUGCGAGAAGUGCCCCAAGAACUUUAUCUGCAAAGGUCACUUGGUCUCGCACAUGCGCUCCCAUUCGGGCGAGAAACCACACGCGUGCACUCUGUGCAGCAAGGCUUUCGUCGAGCGCGGCAAUUUGAAGCGCCACAUGAAGAUGAAUCACCCGGAUGCUAUGAUGCCGCCACCACCCGUGCAUCCGCAUCCGCAAAUACCGGCUGGUGUGCUGACGCAAGUCAAGCAGGAAGUGAAACCGAUCAUAAUUCCCCACCACUCGUCGACCACGAUGCACACCAUCCAGCAGAUCACGGCCGGUGCCGCGAGCGGCGCGGGUGCGGUCCAACUGACGCCGGGUCUGGUGCCGCUGGUCACCUCGACGCUGAUUUCGCAUAACGCUGCCGCCCAGCAGCAGUCGCAGAAGCAGCAGGCCGCUCAGCAACAGGCUGCCGCUGCAGCGGCUGCCCAACAGCAGGCAGCCGCCCAGCAGCAGGCGGCGGCGGCAGCCCAUCAGCAGCACCAGCAACAGGUGGCGGCUCAGCAUCAGCAGCAGGCAGUGGCCGCCCAUCAGCAACAGCAGCAGCAGCUCCAACAGCAGCAGCAACUGCUGCAGCUCUCGAUUCAGCAGGCUGCCCAUCACCAUCAGCAGCAGGAGCAGCACCGUCAGCAGCAGCAUCAACAGCAGCAGCAGCAACACCAUCAGCAGCAGCAGCAGGGCCACCCGCAGGCGCCCCCACCGCCGCAGCAGCAGCAGCAGCCACCGCCACAGGUGCCUAUCGCCUUGAUCAGCGAUCCCAGUGCCCUCGCCCGUGCUGCCAUGCAGCUGCAGCAUUUGCCGGCCAAUGUCGAACAGCAUCCGGUGGUUUACUAACAGUAGCCCCCCCUCCUGCACGGCUAUGCUCCCACCACAGCCCACAGUAGUACCCACAGUACCAGCAGCAGCAGCACCACCACCUCAACACUAACCACAACGUCGACGGCGGCGUGGUGAGAGCUGAAGCAAUCAGCAUCAUUGAUCCGCACCCCCCA